AUGCCCAACACUCGUGAGCGAGUCGUGGCAUUGCUGCAGGCUCUACGCCCUUCCUUUGUGUCAAAACAUCCGCACUUCGACUUCAUUACCGUCCACUACUUCUGGAUCAUAGGAUGGACCAUUGUAGGGUCCAUCCUGAUGUUUGCCUCCGCUGACGGUCAUUUGGCCUACAUUGAUUCCCUUGCUUUUGCUGCCGGCGCCAAUACCCAGGCUGGAUUGAAUACUGUUGACGUCAACCUGCUCAACACCUUCCAGCAAGCUGUCAUGUACUUUCUCGCCAUGUUGUCUAAUCCCAUCACCAUCAACUCUAGUGUGGUUUUCUUGCGUUUGUACUGGUUCGAGAAGCGUUUCCAGCAUAUUGUGAAAGAGGCGAGAAUGCGGCGUAACACCAUCACCAAUUCCCGUUCUCAGGCUACACCGACUACUACAGAUACCGAGAAAGGUGUUAAUGGGCGCCAUAUUACUGUCAUGCACAAUACAGCAAAAGCAUCUCGGAUGACCAACGAUGGACUGGUGUUGGACGAGGAGCCUUUCAAUGGCGAAGUGAACCCAGGUCACCUCGGCGAGUCCCCUCAAACCGAACGCGGCUCGGAUGAUAGGAGGCGGGACGAACCAACACGACUCUCUACGCCACAAAUCAAAUUCGCAGACCAGGUGAAGAGAAGUGACGCGGUUGAAAAUAUUGGAGACGAGGAUCGGCCGCCUCUGCCUACGAGACGGUCCCACGCAGAGCACAUCGCCAUAUUAGAAAAGCAGCGCAAGGCCGACAAGAGCGUUCUCAGGAUUCCUGGGCCGCGAGAUGCUGACCAGGGGGCUGUGCCAGAAGAGUUUGAGGAAGAUGACGAAGAAGGUCCGGCUGCUCGUAGGCGGAGAGGAUCGAGUGUCGAUACACCAACGGGCAUGGGUGCAUCUUCACCGCCUGGGCAGACGCCCUUCCCAGACCGCCAACCUACUAUAAUCUUUGAAGAGCCGAAACGACCUCGAAGGGAUGGACACCACAUAAGGGAAGACCUAGCGGAGAACGUCGAGGCGGCAGUGCAUGUCGCCGGAGCAUUGAAGUUUCGAAGACCUAGAAGGGACGAGGAAGCACUGCAACAUGUAGACACCGCAACAUCAUCAGCCUUGCCCACCGGGCGGAUCAAUCCUCUCCGACGAAUCAGGACGGCCCUGACUCACCACAAGGACGACGACCCUAUGCCAUAUCUGAGCUGGCAGCCAACACUGGCACGAAACUCCAACUUCGUGGGCCUGUCGGAAGAGCAGAGAGAGGAGCUGGGCGGUAUCGAGUACCGAUCCCUCAAGACCCUUGCUCUGGUUCUUACCAUCUACUUCUGGGGUUACACCAUUUUUGGCAUCGUCUGUCUGUUACCGUGGAUCCUGCAAACCGACAGCUAUGGCAAAUUCGUCGACGCGGCUGGCGUCAACAGGACUUGGUGGGCCUUUUGGACAUCCAAUUCCGCCUUUAUGGACCUCGGUUUCACUUUGACACCCGACAGCAUGAACUCCUUCAACACGGCCAUCUUCCCCCUGCUCGUCAUGUCCUUCCUUAUCAUACUCGGAAACACCGGGUUUCCUAUUAUGCUGCGCUUCAUGAUUUGGCUAGGCUCGGUAUUCGCGCCUCGUGGGUCUGGUGUGUGGGAGGAACUUCGAUUCCUGCUCGACCAUCCGCGGCGGUGUUUUACGCUGUUAUUCCCUUCGAAUGCUAAUUGGUGGCUCUUCUUCAUUCUGGUCGCCCUCAACGGUAUAGAUCUGAUUCUGUUCAUCGUUCUCGAUCUUGGCUCUGGUGCCGUCGCCGAGCUUCCAUUAAACAUCCGUUUCUUGGACGGGUGGUUCCAAGCUGCGUCGACUCGAACUGCCGGCUUCUCUUGCAUCAACCUCGCCCUGAUCCAUCCUGCAGUCCAAACCUCAUACUUGAUCAUGAUGUAUAUCUCCGUCUUCCCUGUCGCUAUCUCCAUCCGCAGGACCAACGUGUACGAAGAGAAGUCGCUCGGCGUCUUUAACAGCGCGGACGAGGAUACCGAAAAUUUGAGCGGCAUGUCCUACGUGGGAACGCAUUUGCGUCGCCAGCUAUCUUUCGACUUGUGGUAUAUCUUUAUUGGCUAUUUCAUUCUCACCAUUACCGAGGGAUCACGUCUGACAUCGGGCGACUUCAGCAUGUUUGCUGUACUUUUCGAGGUUGUCAGUGCUUACGGCACUGUUGGGUUGAGUUUAGGAUAUACGGGCAUCAACGCGUCCCUCUGCUCGCAAUUUUCCGUCAUUGGAAAGCUGGUCAUUAUUGCCAUGAUGAUUCGCGGCCGUCAUCGUGGACUACCCUACGGCCUUGACCGCGCUGUACUGCUGCCCAGCGAGCAUCUCGAUCGUAAGGAGGACGAGGAUGCCGAGUUGAGGCUCCAACGUCGCAUGUCGACCAUGUCAGCUGGAGGCCUCUCCGGUCGGCCCAUGAGUCUAUCGAGGGCCCGAACUCGUAGCGUGGACCACCGGAAUGUGUUUACGGGACUCUUGCAUCCUGGUCCAGCCUAUCCCCACCACUCAGUAGCCAAGUCGGAGACAGUGAGUUUUGGCAGGUCAAUGUCUUUGAGGAAAGUCACAACAGAUCCGGCGAGCGACGAGAACGCCGAUGAACCACCGGUUUCGCCGACCACCAGACCUCGGAGGGCUGAAACACAGCCGGCUUUUGACCACUAG